UAAGAAAAGACAGCCCCAGAAAUCAGUAUAAAAGGGAGUGCGCUGAGUGCAUCUAUUUAUUUCUUAUAGUUCUGAAUAAUCAUGAACAACUACUCACUUCACUAAUAGCAGCACCCAAAAAAGAAAAGAAGAACAGCUUUUUAACGGCCCCUUUUCUUUCGAAACCUUUUUUUCUUUGAUUGCUCUUUGUCGUUCUUCUAUCUUUCUACUUUCGUUGAAUCCUCCUUUCGUGUUUUUCUUGAAUUUCGAUAACCAAAAAAAAAAAAAAAAGAAGCUUUUCCUCUGCCUCUUGCUUUUUUACCUUCCCCUACACGUUAUACUUCCUAUCAUAAAACACCUAUAUAAACCUCUCUUUUGCUCUUACAAAUAUCAUUAAUUCAGUCUAAACGUUUUUACUACUAGCAUAUAUAGUAAAAGAAAAAAAAAAAAAAGAUGGUGGAGAAUGGUGUAGUGUCGAUAGUGGUGAGAGAAUUUGAUGCAAAAAAAGAUAGCAAAGAAGUUGAAGAAGUUGAGAGAAGAUGCGAAGUUGGGCCAAGUGGUAAACUCUCUCUUUUUACUGAUCUUUUGGGUGACCCAAUUUGCCGAGUUCGUCAUUCUCCUGCCUAUCUCAUGUUGGUAGCAGAGAUAGUGGUGCAUAAUGGAAGAAAUGAAGAGAGAGCAAUAGUAGGAAUGAUAAGGGGCUGUAUUAAAACCGUUACGUGUGGAAAGAAACUUUCAAGGAAUGCCAAAAAUAGCUCUGAAUCCACUAAACCACUUCCUAUUUUCACCAAACUCGCCUAUAUUUUAGGCCUCCGUGUUUCUCCUUCUCACCGGAGAAUGGGAAUUGGGUUAAAACUGGUGCACAAAAUGGAGGAGUGGUUUAGAACUAAUGGUGCUGAAUAUUCAUACAUAGCUACUGAAAACGACAACCAAGCUUCCAUACAACUUUUUAACCACAAAUGUGGUUACUCCAAGUUCCGUACACCGUCCCUUUUGGUCCAACCCGUUUUCGCUCAUCGGGUCAGUGUAUCGAAUCGGGUCACGAUCAUCAAGCUCAGCCCAACUGACGCUGAAACCCUAUACCGUCACAAAUACUCCACCACUGAGUUCUUUCCCCGUGACAUUGAUUCCAUUCUCAACAACCAACUCAAUUUGGGUACUUAUUUAGCGGUUCCAAAGGGCCUUUAUUCGGGCCAAACUUGGCCCGGUGUGGAUAAGUUUUUAUCGGGUCAGCCCGAGUCAUGGGCUGUCCUCAGUGUGUGGAACUGUAAGGACGUGUUUAAUCUUGAGGUUCGUGGGGCGUCGCAAAUGACAAAAGUUCUUGCUAAGACAACUCGUUUAGUGGACCGGGCUUUUCCAUGGCUUAAGAUACCAUCGGUACCGGAGAUUUUCAGGCCAUUUGGGCUUCACUUUUUAUAUGGGCUUGGUGGUGAAGGCCCAUUAGCUGUAAAAUUCAUCAAAUCACUGUGUGAUUUUGCUCAUAAUUUAGCAAAAGAAUCAGAGUGUAGCGUGGUGGCGACAGAGGUGGCAAAUAGGGACCCGUUGAGGUUAGCAAUACCACACUGGAAAAAGCUAUCAUGCGCAGAGGAUCUAUGGUGCAUGAAACGACUAGGGGAAGACUAUAGUGACGGCUCAGUAGGUGACUGGACAAAAUCACAACCUGGUCUUUCUAUUUUUGUUGAUCCUAGGGAAGUCUAACUUUAUUAUAAUAGGGGCUCCAUGACCUUUCAACAAUAGGACUAGGGAAUCUAGUUUUAGAAGUUCAAAGAAAAAAGCAGGCGGUAAAGUUGAUAUUCCCUUUUUGGUAGGUUCUGUUUUUUCUUUUGUUUAUUUCAAUUCAGU